AUGACAAUAAAUGACAUUGAAGAAUUAUAUAUUUCUAAUAGUGCUAAGUUAACAGCAAGCUCUCAGAAGUUUAAACUUAUUACAACAAGUGGGGAAUCAACAAACCAUUUUAUAAUUGAUGGAAAAAAUAACUACAUUUAUUUAGAUGGAAUUGUAGGACAAACAAUUGAAUUUAAUGAAAAAAAUAUCAUUUCUGUUGCACAUGGUGGAUUGUCACUAACUACCAUGAAAACAGGUGCAUCAAGUAAUAUAAUUAUAAAUGAGAAAUCUAAUUGUACUGAUAUGUACAUUACCACUGAAAGUGUAAAAUGUUUAAAAUGUGGAGAAGGAAAACCAGUUGAGGGAGAUUGUCCAGAACGACCAAUUGUUAGUCAUUGUGUUAAUUACUCAACAUCUGGGAAUUGUGUUGAGUGUGAAGAAGGAUAUUACUUACAAGAUAAAGCAUUACAACCACAAAUUUGUUUACGAUGUAAUAAGAAUUGUAAAAAAUGCAAUUCACAUAAUAAAUGUAUGCUAUGUGAAGAUGGAUAUAAAGUUGGAUCAUCAAAUAUGUGUGAGUCAGUUUCAUCAGAGAUAUGUCCAAAUUAUAUUAUGGGAAUGUGUAGAAAGUGUCAAGAUGGAAAAUAUAGUUCAGAUGAACAAAGUUGUAAUAAGGAUUGUUCAGAACUCCAUUCAGGGUGUGGAAUAUGUAACACAAAUAAGAGAGAGGGGUGUUCAAUUUGUGAUAUUAGUGAUGGUUAUGUGUUAUCUUCAGAUCAAUGUGUCAAACAGCCAAGUGCCUCUCUUGUAUCACCAAAUGGUGUUGUUCAAUGUAAUGAUGGAUGGUUCAAUGAAGAUGGAACAUGCAAAGAAUGCAAUCAAAAUUUUGGACCAAAAUGUACAAAAUGUACAGCAACAAAAUGUCUUAGUUGUAGUGAUUCAUACAUUAUCAAUUCAAUUGGGAUUUGUGUUGAUAAAACAGAUUGUUUAUUAGAAAAAGAUUCAACUUGUUAUAAAUGUGUUUCUGGGAAAUAUUUUGAUGGUUCUAGCUGUGUUGAUUGUCCAUUAAAAUGUACAGAAUGUUAUAAUUCAAUAAGUUGUAUUACAUGUGAGAAUGAUAGUUAUCUUGUAAAUGGAUUGUGUACUUCAACAAAACCAGAAAACCAAUGCACUGAGUAUCUUGAGGGAAGAUGUAUUAAAUGUAAUGUGAGAUAUUAUCUGUCUAAUGGAGAAUGUUUACCAUGUGAUUCUAACUGUUAUGAAUGUUUUGGUGAUAAGUCUUAUUGUAUUUCAUGUAAUGAUAAACACACACUACAAAGAGAUGGCACAAAAUCAAUAUGUCAAAGUGAUGAUAUUCUUAAUACUAAAUGUACUCAAAUGAUGAAAGCAGGGACUGGAUGUGCUAUUUGUAAAGAUGGAUUUUACAGAAAAGACGUUGACUGUCAAGAAUGUAUAAAGAAUUGUACGAAAUGUUUGGAUGGAAGUAGUUGUAUUUCAUGUGAAGAUAAUUUCUUUUUGUAUAAUGGAAGACAAUGUAUUUCAUAUGACAUGUUAACUUCAUGUAAAACUAAAACUCCAAAUGGAUGUACUUUAUGUGAAGAUGGGUAUAUUGUCAAAACACCUUAUUGUCAAUCUUGUCUAGAAGUAACAGAACAUUGUACAUCUUGUUCACUAAUUUCUUGUUAUUCCUGUGAAGAGAACUAUAUAUUAAUAGAAAAUAAAUGUGUACAUUAUAGAGCUAUUGAACACUGCUCUAAAUCCACUGACUCAAAAUGUAGCAAAUGUGAUUUUUGGUAUAGUGUUUCAACAAGUGGAACAUAUUGUCAAAAGCAACCAGUAGUAUGGUUCAUAGUACUAAUAUGUAUUUUAGGAAGUAUUAUAGUUAUUUUAAUUAUAGCAGGUAUUGUUAGUUUGUCGUGGUACUUUAUUAAGAAAACAAAUCAAAAUAAAAGACCGGCUAAUGUUCAUUAUUUCUUUAUGAAAGACACAGACAUAAUUUUUGAGCCAUUAACAGGAAGGAGCUAUGUCGUUACUGAUAAAAAAGAACUUCAUUUUGAUAAAAAUAAAGAUGAACUUAUGAUUCCAGUUGGAGAAGAAAGUACUGAUACUAUAAAUGUUGGUAAUGGUGGUAAAUCAAAGUUAAAAAUUCAAUUUACUGUGAAAGAAGAUGAUAUGGCGAAGUUUCAAGUUAGAGUUGAGCCAGAGAUGGCUAUAUUAACAAAAGGAGAAGGGUGUGAAUUUAAAAUAUCAAUUAAACCAGUUUGUACAUGUAAGAUUUCUGAGACUAUUCAAUUAUUUUCUUUAGACUUCAAACAAGGAGUUAUUGUUAAUGAAGAUGUGUUACUUGUUACAGAAACACAAAUGUCAACACGACUUGAUUAUGAUGAAUUAAUUAUGGAAAAACAAAUUGGGGAAGGAUCAUUUGGAACUGUUUAUAAAGGAAUGUUUAGAGGAAAUUCAGUUGCCAUUAAAGUAAUGAAGAUUCCGGAUGACGAUGAACAAAUGGAAGAAUUUGAGAAAGAAGUACAUAUGUUAGAUAAGUUUAGGUCAGAAUAUAUUGUACAUUUUUAUGGGGCUGUAUUUAUUCCAACAAAGAUAUGUAUGGUAACUGAAUUUGCAAAAUUUGGAUCAUUAAUGAGCAUGAUAAAUAAGAAAAAGAAAUUAGACAAAUACCUUAGAAUUAAGUUUGUACUUGACUGUGCUAAAGGAAUUCAAUACCUUCAUACUAAUGGUAUAAUGCAUAGAGACAUUAAGACUGAUAACGUAUUAGUUUUUUCAGUUGAUAAAGGUAUUCCAGUUAAUGCUAAGUUAACAGACUUUGGUUCAUCAAGAAAUGUUAAUAUGAUGAGGAGUAAUAUGACAUUUACAAAGGGUAUUGGAACACCAAUGUACAUGGCUCCAGAAGUUCUUGACCAAUCUAAAUAUUCUGAAAAAGCUGAUGUGUUUUCAUUUGCUAUUGUAAUGUAUGAAACCUUUAUUUGGGGUGCACCAUAUCCUAAAGAAACUUUCCCAUUUCCAUGGAAUAUUGCAGAAUUUAUUUCUCAAGGAAAAAGAAUGCCUCAGACAAAAGAUAUGCCUGACUGGUAUUUCCGAAUUGUAAGUAUGGGAUGGGACCAACAACCAUUGAACAGACCAAAAAUUGACAAAGUCGUUGAAAUGAUUGAACAAAAUUACAAUGAAAAACUUCAAUAA